AUGGAUUUCGUUCGACUUUCCCUGCAAUAUUUGCAGUGCUUCAUUCCUUUUGACCCAUCUAAACCCAGUCUGUGGAUUUCGAUGACAUCGAUUGCACUUAGUCCGGCUGUGUGGAAUAUCGUCGCUAGAAACGAAUACCGAAAUCACACCUUGACACGCAAGGUCUUCGGUGGAAAUGCCGGAGCGGCUUGUUAUUUUCUCGCCGCCGUGAUAUUCUCGUUUGGGAUGUUGAGGGACGUCCUAUACCGUCAUGCCCUACUCCAACAACCGCAUGAACUCCUUUUGCCACAACCUUGGAAUACCCUUGUGGGUGGUGCACUAAUAAUAGGCGGCCAGGCCCUAGUAAUGAGUUCAACAUGGCAAUUAGGCAUAACGGGAACCUAUAUGGGCGAUUAUUUCGGAAUCUUGAAGGACUCUAGAGUUGAAGGAUUCCCAUUCAACAUUCUUCGAGAUCCUAUGUAUGUUGGGAGUACCAUAUGUUUUACUGGUGGCGCGUUUUGGGGUGAGCGCCCAAUAGGUUUGUUGGUCUCUCUAUGGGUAUACUUAGUGUAUGCUAUCGCUUUGCAAUUUGAAGGGCCAUUUACGGAUAUGAUCUACUCUACACGAGCAAAGCUGCAAGCUCCUGAAUACUACGCGGACGAUGCCGAGGUGAAGAAAAGACUCUAG